GCCCACCACGAACCCUCCCAACCUCCAAACCACCACCAAGAUGUCUGGCGCACGGCACUGGUGAGUUCCCUUCCCUCUAUCAAAUUCUCAAGAGUCUAACAAUGGUGCCCAGGGAGCAAGACAAGGAGGCCACGGUCUAUAUUGGCAACAUCGACGAACGAGUUACAGACAGCCUGAUAUGGGAGCUCAUGCUCCAAGCUGGCCGAAUAGUGAACGUCCAUUUACCUAAAGACCGAGUCACGCAGACGCAUCAAGGAUAUGGGUUCGUGGAGUUCAUUUCGGAGGAGGAUGCUGAGUACGCUGCGCGGAUCAUGAAUCAGGUGCGGUUAUAUGGGAAGCCGAUUCGAGUUAAUAAGGCCUCAGCAGACAAGCAAAAACCCCUCGAAGUAGGCGCCGAACUCUUCAUCGGCAACCUCGACAGCAUGGUCGACGAAAAGACUCUCUACGACACCUUCUCCCGCUUCGGCACCCUCCAAUCACCCCCCAAGAUCGCGCGCGACGAAUCUGGACUUUCCAAAGGCUAUGGAUUCGUCUCUUAUCAAUCCUUCGAAGCCUCUGACGACGCUAUUGCGAAUAUGAAUGGGCAGUAUUUGAUGAACAAGGAUAUCAGUGUCCAAUACGCAUAUAAGAAGGAUGGCAAAGGAGAGAGACACGGCGACGAAGCAGAAAGAAUGCUAGCAUCACAAGGAAAGAAACACAACGUCGUCCCCGAAAUCCAACAAAUGCCCGCACAGCUACUCCUCAACGGCAACGUCCCCGCGGCCCCAGCAGCAAUGAUGGAUCCCUCAAUGGGCAUGGGCAUGGGCAUGGGAAUGGGGAUGCCGAUGGCACCCAGUCCCGUCAUGGGAGGACCACCCAUGCCGCCCGGAUUCGGAGGGCGUCCGGGAGGCUACAAUUCUGUUCCUCCGCCUCAACAGCAGAGAUCGAAUGCUCCUCUUCCUCCGCCGCCUUCGGGGCUGCCGCAACGACCGCCUCCGUCGCAGGUUGGGUAUGGGGCUCCGCAAGAGUUCCAUCCUCAGGGUUUUGCUCCACCGCCGGGAUUCCCGCAGGCGAUGCCACCUGGAUUUGGGGGACCGCCUCCGGGUCAGAUGCCGCCGGGUUUCAUGCCUCCUGGAUUUGUACCACAGCAGCAAGCUGCUCCGGGUUAUCAACGGAGGUAAGGAAGAAAGUUUAGUAGAGAUAUGAACAGAAGCAAGAGCGAGAGGACUCUCAUCAAAGUCUGAGUCGCAAAAACUAGGAUCUAGGCGUUCAGGAGUUAGUCAAUUUGGCAUACCACCAUCACAGUACUCGUACAUGAAUACAAAAGCCAGAACGAAGUGAGUGAGGCACAGAUGCGAAAAUGCUUUUUGUCACAUGUAAUGUACAAUAAACUCCCCUAAUACAAAAGGUG